AAACCUUAAAAUUCUCAACAUCAAUCUCAAUUCUUAAAAAUUCCAAACUGUGUGUAUCAUCUUUCAGCUUUUGCCAUUUCUUCUCUCUGAACAAUUCUUCAACUUUCAAGAUUCUUUCUGAGUCUGAUUUUUCACUUCACUAGCUAGUUGUACCAGCAAAUGCUUUCACUGCAACCUGUCAAGUUCUGCUUCUAGCUUUUCAUCCCCCAGAUUCAAUACCAUGACACCUGGUGCAGGUCACGAAUAUGAUAUUAAUGAUCUGUAUCAAGAAGCUCAAAGGAGAUGGCUGAAGCCUGCAGAGGUGAUGUGCAUUUUACAGAAUCAUGAAAAGUACCAGUUCUCUCAAGAGCCUCCGCAAAAGCCAUCCAGUGGAUCACUGUUUCUGUUUAACAGAAGAGUCCUGCGUUUCUUCCGCAGAGAUGGUCAUGCCUGGCGGAAGAAAAGAGAUGGAAGAGCUGUGGGAGAAGCACACGAACGGCUGAAGGUUGGAAAUGUUGAAGCCUUAAAUUGUUACUAUGCACAUGGAGAACAGAACCCUACUUUCCAGAGGCGGAGCUAUUGGAUGUUGGAUCCGGCAUAUGAUCACAUUGUUCUUGUGCAUUACAGAGAAACUAGUGAGGGAAGUCCCAGUUCUACACCUGGUACUCAAUUGUCACCAGGUUCCUCCUCUGCGCUUAGUCAGAGUCCUAGCUCAUAUUCUUCUCAGAACCCAGUGUCAACAUCCAUUCUUGAUGAUUCAUAUGAACCUAAUCAGAGUUCCUUCAGUCCUGGAUCUGCAGAAGUUACCUCUGAUAUAUUCGUUGUUAACAAUGAAGUGGGUCACUUGGAUGGAACAGAUACAGAAUCAGGAACCUCAACUGAUCUUCAGAUUACUUUGCGCCGACUAGAGCAGCAGUUAAGUUUGAAUGAUGACAAAUUUGAAGAAAUUUCUUCCUUCGGCAAUCAGCAUGAAACUGCAGAUGAUUCAAGCCCUCAGCACCAUCAAGAGAAAUCUGCAAAUUUGUCUGGACCAGAUGGCCAGGGGCUAUUUUACAAUGGAUAUAAUGGAAGGCAAGGUAAUAAGAAUGGUGAUAUUGGUGAAUGUCAUCAUGAACUACCAGACCGCGGUUACCCUGAUGGAAAUGAAAAGGCUUUAUCUUGCACAGAUAUGCUGGAAACAUACAGGUCCUCAUCUGAAGCCAGGUUACCACAGAAAAAUGUAUACAUACCAUCAAGACAUCAUGAAAGUUCAACAUCGUCCAGAAGCGAACCAGUUGUCUACCAGGAAAACUAUCGCUGGCUGAACUUCAACAAUGACAGUGCUCAAAACUCUGCUUUCUCAUCGACACAAGGCGUAGGUGGAGUCAAGCUUCCUCCAUAUUCUUCUUUCGUAGAAGCACAAGAAACAAAUUCUGACUACUAUGCAGGAUUGUUUGACCAAAGCCUAAUAGGAGAACCUCUGGAUGCAGGUUCAAGCUUAACUCUUGCCCAAAAACAGAAAUUUUCUAUUAAGGCAGUCUCCCCAGAAUGGGGUUUUGCCUCUGAGACUACAAAGGUCUUCAUUAUUGGGUCUUUUCUCUGUCCACCCUCGGUUUCUACCUGGUCCUGUAUGUUUGGUGAUAUUGAAGUUCCUGUUGAGAUCAUUCAGGACGGUGUAAUCUGUUGCGAAGCUCCAUCUCACCUCACUGGAAAGGUUACUCUGUGCGUUACUUCCGGAAACCGGGAGUCCUGCAGUGAAGUCAGAGAGUUCGAGUAUCGUAACACGACCAAUAGUUUCACCCACUAUACUCCAUUGAAAACAGAAGCUGCAAGAAGUCCAGAAGAACUGUUAUUACUAGUUAGAUUGGGGCAGAUGCUCCUUUCUGCUUCACCUGUAAAGAAUGAUAAUAUAGAAUCUGGAGUUCCUCUCAUGAAACAGAAAGCUGAUGAUGAUUCAUGGAGCCAUAUUAUAGAGGCUCUUCUAGUCGGCAGUGGAACUUCAUCCGGCACUAUCGAUUGGCUUCUCGAAGAGUUUCUAAAGGAUAAGCUGCAACUGUGGCUUUCUUGCAAAUCCCAGGAAGUAGAUGAAGAGACAGGCUGUUGUUUGUCCAAGAAAGAGCAGGGGAUUAUUCACAUGGUUGCUGGGUUGGGUUUUGAGUGGGCCUUGAGCCCUAUUCUCAGUUCCUGUGUGAAUAUCAAUUUCCGUGACAUCAAUGGGUGGACUGCGCUUCAUUGGGCUGCACGUUUCGGAAGGGAAAAAAUGGUUGCUUUGCUUAUAGCUUCUGGCGCAUCUGCUGGAGCAGUGACAGAUCCAAGUGCACAAGAUCCAACCGGCAAAACUGCUGCAUCAAUUGCAUCCAGCCAUGGGCAUAAGGGUCUGGCAGGGUAUCUUUCAGAGGUGGCUCUAACAAGCCAUCUGCAAUCGCUUACAAUGGAAGAGAGUGAACUGUCUAAAAGUUCGGCUGAGCUUCAAGCCGAUUUAACCGUUAGUAGUGUCUCCAACGAAAAUAUCACCGCCACUGAGGAUCAGACUUCACUGAAAGAUACCUUGGCUGCUAUCAGAAAUGCAGCUCAGGCAGCUGCGCGGAUACAAUCUGCUUUUCGCUCGCAUUCUUUCAGAAAACGGAGAGCAAGAGAAGCAGCUCCAGGUAUGGAUGGAUAUGGUAUCGACGCAGAUAGCAUUGGUAACAUGCCAGAGCUUUCUGCUUUGUCAAAACUUGCCUUUCGGAACUCACGUGAACAUAAUUUAGCUGCCUUAUCAAUUCAGAAGAAGUAUCGGGGUUGGAAAGGUCGCAAGGAUUUCUUAACACUGCGCCAAAAAGUAGUGAAGAUACAGGCUCAUGUGAGGGGUUACCAGGUUAGGAAGCAUUACAAGGUUCUAUGGGCAGUUGGAAUCUUGGACAAGGUUGUGCUACGUUGGCGGCGAAAAGGGGUUGGUUUAAGAGGCUUCCGACAAGAGAUGGAGACUAAUGAAAAUGAAGAUGAAGAUGAAGAUGAAGAUAUUCUUAAGAUUUUCAGGAAACAGAAAGUAGAUGUAGAAAUUGAAGAGGCUGUUUCACGGGUUCUGUCCAUGGUUGACUCUCCAGAUGCUCGUCAGCAAUACCAUCGCAUGCUUGAGAAGUAUCGCCAAGCCAAGGCUGAACUUGCGGGUACUAGUGAAGAAACAUCAUUAUCAACUUCUUUAGGGGAUGUGUACAAUAUGGAAGAUGAUUUUUAUCAAUUUCCAUAGGAACAAGGCUAGCCAUACACUAAUUUUCACUCUUUUGAAUGACAAGUUUCUGGUGUCAAUAUUUCAAUCGUCUUUGUAUCUAGAUGCUUACAUGUAAUAACAAAAUAACUAUUUAGGUUGUGAGAGUCUAGAUUGUACAGUGACAGUGGCAUUGGAAUUGGAUAUUGUUACUUUGUAAAAUAUGAAAUGACCUUAAAGGCGGAGAGUUAGGGCGGGCUUCAAAUUGAAUGGCUUGAGUUUCUGCCUACUUGAGUUUA